AAAAAAUCAUGACGGCACACUUUGGUCAUUUCAAUUUAUGCUAAAAUAAAAUCUACGAAACCUUAUGUGGGGAAUAAAAGAGAGCUGUAGGCAGACUGAUUUUUUUCUCUUUUUAGAAGAAGUAAAAUGUCCAGUCCUCAACACAAAAAACCUCGUUACCACUUGCGUGAUAUUGCCGAAAAGAUCACGAAAAACAUUGGUGCAGAGAUUAACUCGAAAGCACAUCGAACCUUACGAAGCUAUCCCGGCAAUAAACACAGAGCAUCCCAAAAUGAUAAAGAAGAUCAUAUUCACGGCAUUGAUCAUCCUGGUUCCACGGGAGUCAUUUAUGUUAUGGACCGCGCUAUGAAACAGGGUUUCUCUUAUGCUAGUAAAGAAUGGGCCAAUUUUGGCCAAGGAGCUCCCGAAGUAGGACCCAUUGAAGGCUGUAUGGAACGACCAAAAACAAUUGAUAUUCCAGAGUGUGCUUAUGAAUAUGCCCCUGCGAGCGGUAUUCCUGAAUUAAAAGAGGCUGUUGCCAAUCUUUAUAACGAAAUUUACCGCACGGAUAAAGAUUCAAAGUAUACAAAAGAGAAUGUCUGUAUCUGUCCAGGCGGACGUGCUGGUUUGACCCGUGUAGCAGCAGCGAUUGGGGAUGUCAACGUCGGCUAUUUUUUACCAGAGUAUACAGCUUAUGAACAAAUGCUGUCUGUCUUUAAACGAUUUGUACCUAUUCCCACAACACUGGAAGAAGACUCAAACUAUCAUAUCGACCCGGACACGGUUAGAAAAGAAAUAGCCGGUAGAGGCUUAAGUGUAAUUGUAGCAUCAAACCCUCGUAAUCCAACUGGUCAGGUCAUUCAGGAUCAGGAACUUGAAGAGCUUGUAACGAUCGCCAAAGAAAAGCAUGCAACGUUAGUUUUGGAUGAAUUUUAUUCUGCGUAUAUUUACGGAGAAGAAGAAGGCAAGACAGUGAGUGCAACACAGUUUGUAGACGAUGUCAACGAAGACGCAGUUAUAAUCAUUGAUGGAUUGACGAAAAACUUCAGAAUGCCUGGUUGGCGUGUUUGCUGGAUUGUGGGACCCAAAUCUGUAAUUUCAUCUAUGGAAAGUGCAGGAUCCUUUUUGGAAGGUGGUGCAAACCAUCCUCUUCAAAUCGCAGCCAUCCCCUUUUUGGAUCCUACAAAGUUUCGAGAUGAAGCUAAAAGUCUUCAAAGUCAUUUUCAAGCAAAGCGCGAUUUCGUUUUAAAGAAGUUACGCGAAAUGGGCCUUGACGUGAAAGUACCUCCAAAUGCAACUUUUUACAUCUGGCUUGAUCUUUCACAUUUGCCGGAGCCUAUUAAUGUUGGAUUACAAUUUUUUGAAGAGUGUCUCAAGGAGAAAGUUAUUGUUGUGCCUGGUAUCUUUUUUGAUGUCAAUCCUUCACAUCGCCGUGAAUUAUUUGAUUCUCCUUGUCAUCACUUUGUAAGAUUAAGUUUUGGUCCACCUAUGGAACAACUUGAAUUAGGAUUGAAAAAUAUGAAGCGUGUCAUUGAAAAGUAUCAGUGA